AUAAAGCGUGUUGAAAAUCGAAAAUCAAGUUACAAACAGAAUCGAAUAAAAAGCUAAAAUAAUGUAAAGAGAACAUAUUUUUGUAGAAUUUUGUUAUAAAUAUUAAGUAUAUUGAUAAAACACCGAAAGUAUAUUACUGCUUGAAAUUCCGAGUUUGACAUGAAAACUAAACGUGUUACCUAUUAAAAAUGUCAUAAUGGUAAAUCAGCUGUUUUGUUUCGGUUUGCAAGUCAGCUUUGUUUACCAGAGCUAAUAUCAGUUUAUAGAUAAGGAGGCCGAUUGUAUUGCGCCUUCAGUAGUGCUAUGUUGAAGAUGACUUCGCAGCUAGACAACAUAAUUAGUGCUUACAAGACUCUGACGAAGAUACCGUCAGUGGCUGGUGGCAAGCUGAACAAUGCAGCCACCAGGAUCACCGCCAAGUGGUCAGUGCGCAACCUGGAUAAGGGCAAGAACACUGCAUACACUACUUCAUACUCUUUGGAUGGAGACCUGAAUGUCAUCGCUCAAAGUGAUUUCGGGGUCGAUGUUAGCAAUGAGAAACUGUCAGCUGUGUCUCCGCGGGAGACGUUCAAGGCGUUGAUCCGCGAGGAGAACAACGGCAAGGACUCGAAGAAACAGUAUCUCGAACUGUGGACUAAGAGCAGCCUGGCACAGAGCGUGGAUCUCACUAGCCUGGACAUCCACGGAGAUGUCUAUUCCGACUCGGAAUUCGGCAGUUUGGACUGGUCUCCUGAUGAGACGUCCCUGGUGUAUGUCGCGGAGAAGAAACUGCCAAAGUUCGAGCCUUACAUCAAGAGGAAGGCUGAAGACAAACCGAAGCUGGACGGUAGUGGAGAGACCGCUCCUAAGAAGGGUGAAGAGCAUAUCUACAGGCAGGACUGGGGCGAGCAGUUGGUGGGCAAGCACCUGUCCGUGGUGGUGGUGUUCCAGCUGGCCUCGGAGACCUUCACCAUCCUCAGCGGUAUACCGGACGGAAUGUGCCCUGGACAGGUCCGUUUCUCCCCGGACGGGAGCAGUAUCGUCGGCGUGGUGUGGAAGACGGAGCCGCGCAGACUGGGGCUCAUCUUCUGCACCAACCGACCCAGCUACAUCUUCGAGUGCACUCUCGAUGGCACCUUCAAAAAGUUGAGUGGAGAAGGACUAGCGGUGAGGUCCCCCCGGUUCUCCCCCAACGGGGAGUUGGUGUGGUUGCAACGUAAGGCCGACGGCCCGCACCACGCCUGCCACCAGAUCGUACGCAGGAACAAAGAUGGCGAAGUAACAACAGUGAUAGACAUAGUAGACACAGAAGUGAAGACAGCGACGGGGCAGAGCUUCCACGGCGUGUACUGCCAGGCGCUGCCCGCGCGGUGCUUCGCGGCCGACGGCAGGCUCGUACUGUCCACGCCGCAGAAAAAUGAAGUGCGCUCCUAUGUCGUCGAUAUGGACUCGGGCAAGAUAUGGGACAUCUCCAACAAGAGCUGGCCGUGCUCCACGAGCGUGCUGGACGUGCGCGGUGAUGUCAUACUCGCCACAUGCUCCAGUCUCAUCGCCCCGGGACAGGUGUACAUAGCUCGGCUGCCAGCGGCAGACAGCGAGGCAGGCACCAAGUGGUCGCGCGUCACGUUCAACGGCGCGGUGCCGGGCGCCCUGUACUCCGCCACGGUACUGUACCUCGACCUGAAGCAUGACUCAGAGGACGCCGUCAAAUCGUUCACGGCGUUGUACUUGUCUCCUGAGACGGAGGAAAGGAAACUGCCGUUGAUCGUGUGGCCUCACGGAGGGCCGCACUCCAAUUUUGUCAACUCCUUCUCCAUUGAAGCUGCCCUCUUCACCAUGAUGGGUUUCGCAUCCCUUCAAGUGAAUUACCGGGGCUCGACAGGGGCGGGGCAGGACUCGGUGCAAUUUCUACUCAAACGGGUGGGAGACGCGGACGUCAAAGAUUGCAAACUUGCAACAGACUAUGCACUAAAGACAUUCACCUCCAUUGACCCCGCAAAGGUUUGCUUAACAGGAGGUUCCCAUGGGGGAUUCUUGGUCACCCAUCUUAGUGGGCAAUACCCAGAUGUUUAUGCUGCUGUAGUCAGCAGGAACCCUGUUACUGAUGUCGCCAGUAUGUUUAAUUCUACAGACAUAGCUGAUUGGUGUGCAGUAGAAGCAGGUUUCGACUUCACGGAGAAGGGUCCGGUGUCUGAAGAACAGCUGCUGGCCAUGCGGCGCUGCUCACCCAUCGCCCACGUGCACAAGGUUAAGGCGCCCACCGCUCUCAUGCUGGGCAGCGGAGACAAACGGGUGCCACACUUCCAGGGUCUGGAGUACGCUAGGAGAUUGAAGGCCAAUGGAGUUCCUACCAGAAUCUACAUGUAUGAUGACAAUCAUUCGCUGUCGUCUCCCGCCGCUGAGAUGGACAACCUCAUCAACGGCACCCAUUGGUUCAUGCACCACCUUGACUUAUAGGACAGGCGAAUACACGCAAGACUAUUAGAUAGGUAUUUAAAAAUUUGGUUGAAAAUGCAAGCUUUAAAAAACAGAAACUUGUAAUUGAUAAGGACGCAUACAUAUGACACUAUGUGUACGCGCAGUAAAAAUCGAUCUUAAUACAAAUUCUCUGAAUCGAUAUCAAUCUCUGAAUCGUUAUAUACAACCAAUUUAAUAAAUCAAUGUUAAUCUAUUGAUUUCGGUUUAAGUUCCCUGACGAUCAACUUCCGGAGCUACGGACUACCUAGCGGGUUUACCGGGGCUCCGGUUCGACAAGCAGGAGUAGCAAGGGGGUGGUUUUUAUUCCGUAAGAGUCUGACACUCCCUCACGCUUUACCUGGCGAGAGAAGUCAAUGAAAGAUUUUCCCCCCUGAAAAAAAAAGACGAUCAACUUACUCUGAACUGUGCAUUUUUUCAAUGUAUUUUUUACUUUAUUAUAUCAAAACAAUAAAGUUGAAAAUGCAAUAAAAGAAAUAGACAGAAAAGAGUUGGUGGUCUCUGUAAGAUAGACGGUUAUAUCGAGCUAUACAAAACCAUUUAAUAAUAGUCUUGCUUUGUAUAGUCUUACCGCACAAUAGACGGUCAGUUUAUAUUGGAUUUUCUAUGUAGCAUGCGUGUGUACAUAACUACUUUUUCUUAGGAAUUUUUGUAAUUAUCGUACUGAAGCCUUUUUGUAAUUAUCGUACUGAAUUUAGAUUUAUUAUAAGGAAUAUACUGAUUAAUGUAUUGUAGUAGUAUACUGUGAAUUAAAUGUUUAACUUAUCAAACUUUCCUGAUUGAAUGGAUAUUUUUUUCCAAUAUGUCAACACUGAUGUUUAAUUUAAAGGUAGAACAUAUAGUAGAACAUACGUAUAAAGCACCUAUGCAUUUGUUUUAAAUACUAUUUACUAGGAAGGUAAUUCAAGACGUUUUCUUAAAUCCAGUAAGUACGUAAUUCUGUAUGAAAUAAUAAAUCAGUUUUUCAUA